UGAUUUUAAUUAGAAAUAUGGCGGAAACCCAUGUGUUUUUACUUCCUUAAUUUAUGGUGCUAAAUUUGGUCUCACUUCGAAUUAUGUUGACUUAAAUGUGUUACUUAUCGCUCGACCUUCGUGUUGAUUAAACUUAAAUGACCUCAGAGCCGUCUCGAUAAAAAUCCUCAUCAGUGGUCAUGUUGUCGUCGAGAGUGCUGAAUUGGGGUACGAGAGUGCUCCGCAGGGGCUUCGCCAGUGAUGCAAAAGCGGAGGUUACGGCCCUGUACGAUUUCCACGUGGAAAAUGGGGGCAAAAUGGUCAAUUUCGGGGGGUUCAUGCUCCCGGUGCAAUACAGCGAUUUGGGGAUUGCCGCCUCGCAUCUACAUACCCGGAAAAACGCCUCGCUUUUCGACGUCUCGCAUAUGCUACAGACGGAAAUCUCCGGAUCGGACUGCCUCGCCUACAUGGAAUCUCUCUGCACCGCGGACCUCAAAACCCUCCCCCCCAACACCUCAACCCUGACAGUGUUCACCAACGAAAAGGGCGGCGUCCUCGACGACCUCAUCAUUACGAAAAUCUCCGACGACCACUUAUACGUCGUUUCAAACGCCGCCAUGAAAAAACAAGACCAACAACACCUCCUCAAAGCCCUCGACAACCACAAAAAAUCCAACCCCAACUCCAACAUCAAGAUGAAGUUUUUCGAACCGAGCGAACGCGGGUUGGUAGCCCUGCAAGGGCCGAAAGCGGCCGAAGUAUUACAAAAAAUGAUCGACGUCGAUCUGUCAAAAUUGUAUUUCAUGACGUCAACGGAAGCCACGGUUUGUGGCUGUGGGGCAUGUAGAGUCACCCGUUGUGGCUAUACUGGCGAAGAUGGCUUUGAAAUCUCAAUGCCGGCGAUAAAACAAGUGGACAUCACGAGGGAAAUCAUGAAGGAUGGCGCGGUCAAGUUGGCCGGUUUGGGCGCAAGGGACUCGUUACGCCUUGAAGCCGGAAUGUGUCUCUAUGGUAACGAUCUUACCAGCGAAACCACGCCCAUCGAAGCCGCCUUGACGUGGCUCGUGGCGAAACGUCGUCGCGAGUCACGUGAUUUUCCAGGGGCGGAGACUAUCGUCUCUCAAAUCAAGAAUGGUGCAAGUCGGAAAAGGGUCGGAUUGAUUGCGGAUGGGGGCCCCCCAGCCCGACAUGGAACCCCCAUUGUUGACUCCAAUGGUAAUGAAAUCGGUUCGGUUACAUCCGGUUGUCCAUCACCAAGUCUUGGGAAAAACAUCGCAAUGGCGUAUGUCCCUACUGAUCUUAGUAAGAAUGGAACUAAACAUAACCUCAAAAUCCGCGAUAAAAUCUACUCAGCUGUUGUUACAAAAAUGCCAUUUGUUCCUUCAAACUACUACAAUAAACCGAAAUAAAUGAUUUGGAAGUA